AUGCUCUCAGACGUGCUCGCUGCGUUCAGAUCAACACCCGGGCCCGAGGGGACUCCCCAACGACCCCCGCGCUAUGUCGGUGAAGAUACCACCCCAACCAGCCACCAGGAGAUUCUUGGCUGGUACUCCUAUGGUAUCGCGGCCGAGGUGUUUGCUGUCUGCGGUGUAGGAUCCUUUCUGCCCUUGACCCUCGAACAGCUUGCGCGAGAGCACGGUACCAUCCCAGACAGCAAUCAGCCCUGCUGGGGCCCUGGUGCUCCGGAGAAAGAACAUGGAGGUGACCAAUGUGUGGUCGGGUUCUUGGGGCUGCAUAUCAAUACCGCCAGCUUUGCCAUGUACACCUUCUCGCUGGCAGUACUCAUCCAGGCGUUGACGUUGAUUUCGUUCAGCGCCCUAGCCGACUAUGGGCAUAAUCGCAAGACUCUGCUUCUCUCUUUCGGCUUCAUUGGGUCCGUCACCAGCAUGCUAUUCGUAUUCGUUGCACCUCCAGUCUUCAUCCUCGGCUCAGUUCUCGCAAUAAUCGGUGUCACCUGUCUCGGGUCCUCCUUCGUCGUGCUAAACUCAUUCCUGCCAGUCCUUGUUGCGAACGAUCCGGCAAUCCAAGGCUCGAAACGUGAGGGCGGGGAGGAGCUGUCCAACCUGAGUCGAAAUGAGGACACUUCCGAUUGGAAUACAUGGGACGAUGACGAUAGUGCGGACGGGACUCAGGAUGCGGAUCAUGAGACUGGAUUUGUCGAGGAAGGGCUGAAGGGUAAAGAAUCCCAAGGUUCUGCACCGGAGCUUCAGCGUUCUACCCAAAUUUCUUCCAAGGGUGUAGGUCUGGGUUACUGCGCGGCUGUGUUGGUUCAAGUCUUGAGCAUUCUGCUCCUCAUUUUGCUCAAGAAAACGUCGCUUUCGAAAAUUUCUGAUACUCUUCCGACCCGCUUCGUGCUCUUGUUGGUCGGAAUCUGGUGGGGUGCUUUCACCCUCGUGUCGCGCCGCUGGUUGCGCUCUCGACCCGGCCCUUCCUUCGACGAAUCCACGACUCCCGGCCUUCCAAAGUGGCGCGCGUGGCUGCGACUCGUUGGAUUUGCUUGGAAGUCGCUCUGGCAGACAGUGAAGGUGGCGGUGCAGUUACGUGAAGUGCUGAUAUUCCUGGUCGCCUGGUUCCUCUUGUCGGAUGCCAUGGCCACUGUCUCGGGCACGGCCAUCUUGUUCGCUCGCACUGAGUUGAAACUAAGUACCAUUGCAGUCGGAGCCUUGAGUAUUACUGCGACACUCAGUGGAAUGGCUGGCGCAUUUCUAUGGCCUCAUGUGUCUCGAUGGUUCAAUCUGCAGCCAAAUCAUACGAUCAUUGUCUGCAUUGUCCUGUUCGAAAUCAUUCCACUUUAUGGCAUGCUUGCAUACAUCCCGUUCAUCAAAAAAUGGGGUGUUUUCGGAUUACAGAGGCCUUGGGAAAUUUUCCCUCUCGCUAUUGUCCAUGGCGUCGUCUCGGGUGGACUGUCAUCUUAUUGCCGCUCGUUCUUCGGCCAGUUGAUUCCGCCGGGCAGCGAAGCUGCCUUUUACGCAUUGUACGCUGCUACCGAUAAGGGAAGUUCCUUUAUUGGCCCAGCUAUCGUCGGUGGUCUGAUUGACGCGACAGGUCAGGUGCGGUCGGGAUUCUUCUUCAUCGCAGUGCUGAUCGUGCUCCCGAUCCCUCUGGUCUGGAUGGUCAAUGCCGAAAAGGGUCGUCGUGAGGGGCUAGCUAUGGCCGAGAAACUGGACCUGUCACACAAUGGGGCGGCUAAUGAAGCCCAUGAGGCUGAAGGACUUCUAGCCCAUGAAGCUUAG